AUGAUUUACGACUACUUUGCCUUAAAUUAUGGCACCAUCAAACCUCAAACGAUCAACAACAAAAGUUCCAACAAAUCUAUUGAAGAAUUAAAAAAUAAAUUGAAGCAGCUAAAAUUAUUGGGCCGCAGCAACCAGAGCUUUGACAAUCUUAUCAGAUCAAGAAGUAAAGAACUGCGAGCCAAAUUUUUAUCAACAAAAUAUCAAAAUCUGAUGAUAAUCAGAAAAAAUGCCAAUUACCAAACUGGACUCAACAACUACAAAAACCAUCAACACCCUGCAACACAAGCCCUCCAUCAUACCAUGAAAUAUCUACAAUAG